AUGUCAAUUGUUUCUUUGAAAGUUUCUGAGAAUAAUCCAGUCACAGAGAAAACCGUGAAAACACAGCUGGACAACCUUGGAGUGUCACUUCUACCAGGCGAAGAUGAAGAUUUCCAGAAAUUUUUAGCGGGUGCGCACGAAACUGCUCUAAUUGUGGACGCCAUGAGCGACUACAAGCCUAAAACGGACCUAGAGCGGUUUCCCAGAAAAAAUGUGCAACCUGUGUUGGCCAAAGAUGAGCUGGGCGCGUGGGUUUACAAGUUUGACCUGCAAGAUGCGCUUGAAAACAAGGGCCCACUAGCAGGGGUUUCCAUCUGCAUAAAAGACUGUGUCGGUAUUGCGAAUAUUCCUCAAGUUAUGGGAACCGAUUGCUGGGAACCUUGGGUUCCAUCGGCUGAUGCAACAGUGGUGACCCGUCUGUUAGAAGCGGGUGCUAAAAUCGCCGGGACUUCCAAUUGCGAGCAGCUUUGUGCCUUCACAGGAAGUCAUACGUCGUGUCUUGGAAAUGUACACAAUCCUUAUUUGCACGGCCAUUCGGCUGGUGGAAGUAGUUCUGGCUCUGCUGCGCUGGUUGCCGCAGGUCAAACAGAUAUGGCUUUGGGUGCAGAUCAAGGAGGCAGUAUCCGAAUUCCGGCUGCAAUGUGCGGCUUGGUGGGACUCAAACCGACGUUUGGUCUGGUUCCAUACACUGGGAUCACCAGCAAUGAGUACACGCUCGACCAUGUGGGACCUAUGACAAAAACAGUUCAAGAAAAUGUCAACCUCUUGCAAGUACUAGCUGGCGCUGAUUAUCUGGAUGAUCGCCAGUCUUCAGUUCCUUGCGUACUGAACUUUGAAUUUAAGACGCCUCGAAAACUAACCGUAGGUGUUUUGACGGAAGCUUUUGACGCACCCUUCUUGGAUGAAACCAUGAAGACAAAAGUACUGUCUGCCAUCGAAAAGUUCAAGGAAGUGGGGUAUGAUGUUGUGGAGAUUGGUGUUCCAAUGCACACGCAAGCUCCGCAGAUUUGGUCUGUUAUCGAAAGAGUUUCCGGACUCAACUCUCGGUUGGGACAUCCAAGUGGAAGACGGCUGUAUUCGGACCCCGAGUUCUUCAAGCACACGCAUGGUCUGGGUGAAAGGUUUUUCUCGAAAGCACCUGUGAACGUGCGGAAUAGUAUCAUCAGUGGACUAUACUUGAACGAGAAUUUCCCUGGUAUUCAUGCUAAAGCUACCAACUUAGUAUUAAAGCUGCAAUCUGAGUACAAUAAGGCGCUAUCCAAAGUCGAUCUUCUAGUAGCGCCAACAACCCCAUUUUGUGCGCCCCCUCACGGCCCUCGGGAAGGCUCACCUUUCGAAAGAGUUAGUAGUACUUUCGGUAUCAACAGCAACACAUGUCCGUUCAACAUAUCCGGACACCCUGCUCUCAGUUUGCCAAUCGGAUUUAUGACAUGCAAGGAAUCGCCGUCAAGCAAGCUUCCCGUGGGUAUGCAAAUUAUUGGCAAACAUUUUGAUGAAUCAACAAUUUACACUGCCGCUUAUGCAUGGGAGCAGCAUCUCGAUUGGCGUUCGAACUAA